AUGCAAAAGAAUUUUACCCCGGAAAAUGUUGUUUCUUACAAACAGUUAUUGCGAUCGUUCAAAGUGUUACACAGGGAAGCGUAUCAAGUCUACAUCAAUGGGAUCGCGAAUGGGCUAAAGGAAAAUCCGAAAUCUUUUUGGAAGUUUGUGAAUAGCAGACGAAAGAACAGCGGAAUUCCGGAGGUUAUGACCUAUGGUAACCGAUCUUCGACUUGCGGACAGGAGACAGUCGAGCUCUUUGCGGAAUACUUCAAGAGCGUUUAUCAGGACUACAACCCAGGUACAGUCAACAAUUUGAUCUUCAGAACCGCUGACUUGUUGGAGUUAUCGCAUCGGGAAGUGAAACAAGGCUUGUCGGAUCUAGACUCGGGUAAGUCAGCAGAACCAGACAGACUCCCCGUAAAAUAUUUAAAGGAAUUCAAGGAUGAACUUGUUGAACUCCUGACUACCUCAUUCAAUUCUUCAUUUUCGUUCGGUUACUUCCCGCCGUUGUGGGAAAUUUCCCAUAUUACUUCAAUCCAUAACAAGGGCCCUCGCUCGGAUGCUGAAAACUACCAGGGCGUUGCAAUCCAGUCUGCGAUGCCAACAUUUUUUGAGCGACUUGUUUAUUCCUACCUUUACGAACGUAUUGCCGGCCGUGUUUCACCAACACAGCAUGGUUACUUGAAAGGAAAGUCAGUUGUCACGAACCUAUGCGAGUUUUGCUCUACCGUCACGGACAGUAUAUCCAAAGGGUAUCAGGUGGACUGUAUUUAUACAAAUAUGAGCAAUGCUUUCGAAGUGGAAGGGAUAAAUAGCAUAAUGCACGCAGUGGCUGAUUCCGACAUUCACGGUAAGAUGUUCGAAUGCAGUAGGAUGCAUCUGGAGAGCAGAACGCAAUAUGUGAAAGUGCACAACAAUUCAUCUAGGUCAUUUGGUGUCCACUCAGGAGUUCCACAAGGAUGUCAUUUGGGGCCUGUUUAUCAUUGA